CUGAUUUCACAAUGGGCUCCAUCAGUGCAGCAAAUGCAGAAUUUUCUUUUGAUGUAUUCAAAGAGCUGAAAGUCCACCAUGCCAACGACAACAUCUUCUAUUCACCCCUGAGCAUCAUUGCAGCCUUGGCCAUGGUUUAUCUGGGAGCAAGAGGUAACACUGAGUAUCAGAUGGAGAAGGUUCUUCACUUUGACAAAAUUGCAGGACUUGGAGGAACUAUUCAGACCAAGUGUGGCAAGUCUAUGAAUAUCCACAUACUGUUUAAAGAACUUCUCUCUGAUAUCACUGCACCAAAAGCCAAUUAUUCACUCCACAUUGCCAACAGACUCUAUGCUGAAAAGACAUGUCCAGUCCUACCGAUCUACUUAAAAUGUGUGAAGAAACUGUACAGAGCCGGUCUGGAAAUGGUCAACUUCAAAACAGCAUCAGAUCAAGCCAGACAGCUCAUUAAUUCCUGGGUGGAAAAUCAGACAAACGGACAGAUCCAAGAUUUCCUUGCCUCAGGCUCUGUUGAUCUCAAUACCAUGCUGGUCCUUGUGAAUGCCAUUUACUUCAAAGGGAUAUGGAAGACAGCAUUUAAAGAAGACGACACUCGGGAAGUGCCCUUCAGUGUGACAGAGCUUGAGAAUAAAAUCAACUUUGAAAAACUUACGGAGUGGACCAGUCCCAAUGUGAUGGAAAAGAAGAGAGUGAAAGUGUACCUCCCGCGCAUGAAGAUAGAUGAAAAAUAUAACCUCACAUCUGUCUUAAUGGCCUUGGGUAUGACCGACCUGUUCAGUCCUUCGGCCAAUCUGUCUGGCAUCUCUUCAGCAAAGAGCCUGAAGAUAACUGAGGCCAUCCAUGAAGCAUACAUGGAAGUCAAUGAAGAGGGCACCGAGAUGGCAGGCUCAGUGGAGUUGAUGGGAGGCAUCAAACAUUCGUCUGAAUUUGAAGAGUUUAGGGCUGACCACCCUUUCCUUUUCUUGAUCAAACACAAUCCAACCAACAGCAUCCUCUUCUUUGGUAGAUAUUGUUCCCCUUAA